GACAGAGCUGCAGACCACGGAGCGGACACAGCGGAAUAUUUUCAGGAUAUUGCACUGAAAACACAGCUGAAGAGAAAAAGAUGAACAGCCGCCCGCGGAUUUUAGAGAAGUAAUUUAAGGAGCGAAUACUUGGCUACAGGCGGAAGAUUUAUUUAGACUACACAGCGAAAAGAGACAGCUCGCCGUCAUGCAGCACUACGGGGUGAACGGCUACUCUCUCCACGCCAUGAACUCACUGAGCGCCAUGUACAACCUUCACCAGCAGGCGGCGCAGCAAGCACAGCACGCGCCUGACUACAGGCCCUCUGUGCAUGCCCUUACUCUUGCAGAAAGACUUGCUGACAUUAUCCUUGAGGCCCGGUAUGGCUCCCAGCACCGAAAGCAGCGGCGCAGUCGGACUGCCUUCACUGCUCAGCAGCUGGAGGCUUUGGAGAAAACCUUCCAGAAAACCCACUACCCUGAUGUAGUGAUGCGUGAACGCCUGGCCAUGUGCACCAACCUGCCUGAGGCCCGUGUGCAGGUCUGGUUCAAGAACCGACGGGCCAAGUUUCGUAAGAAGCAGCGCAGCCUCCAGAAGGAGCAGCUCCAGAAACAGAAAGAAGCAUCUGGAGCUGCUGAGGGCAGUACAGAAGACACCAAAACUGACCUCACUUCCACCACUGCCCCCACCACCACCACUUCCAGCCUGGUUGUUGAGGCUCGCACUCCUCCUCCUCCUUCCUCCUCUUCAUCCUGUCACUCAGAGUCAGAGCGGCUGGCUGCAGCACGGCCUCAGCCUUGCGAGAUGAGCGUGGAAGUAAACGUCACCUCUCCAGAGCUCUCGGACAGCGAGUCAGCAGUGGAAGAUAAUGCUGACAGAGAGGAGGAUGAAAUGAGAGGGGAGUCGAGGGUGAAACUCAGGGAGGAGGCGCAAGGGGAGGAGGCGGCACAGGCAGGAAGCAGCUCCCCAUCCUGCAAACAACUCAGCCCCACCUCAGACUCUCCUUUGAGUUCCCCCGCCUUGCCAUCUUCCAGCAGCGUAACCAGUGGGUUAGUGCAGAGCAACUCCUACGCCUCAUCCCCGCUCAGCCUCUUCCGGCUGCAGGAGCAGUUUCGGCAGCACAUGGCAGCCACCAACAACCUGGUUCACUACCCGUCCUUUGACAUGAGCACGCCGUCCUCCCUGCCCUACUUGGGCAUGAACGUUAACAUGCCUUCCCCACUGGGAUCACUGCCCUGCCAGUCCUACUACCAGACCCUGUCGCAGGCUCAGCAGGUGUGGAACAGCCCACUUCUGCAGGCAUCGCCAGGCAGCCUGCCGGGGAGCCUCAACAGCAAGACCACCAGCAUCGAAAACCUCCGUCUGAGGGCCAAGCAGCACGCAGCCUCUCUGGGAUUGGACACGCUUCCCAACUGAAGCUCCAGGCUGUGUUGCCUGCAUAUCUGGCCUCCAACCCAGAGGCCAUAGUGAGCCCUCAUCCUCUUCCCCUUCCUUCACAACACCAGCUUCCUCAUGACCUCUCAACUAAUAACUCUGUGUAUUCAUGCAGAAUACAGAUACAACUCCAAAACAGCAAAAAUGCCUCCAGUUUUCAGUUUCUGGCCACAUUUUGGUAUGUUUGCAGUUUUUGUAAAUUUCCAAUCACUCAACCUUCAAACCAGAGAGUACGCAAACAGUAUAAGAUUUAUUAGCCAACACAAACUGUGCUAGAGUAUGCAAUUCAGAGGCCCUACCUCAGUAUGGAUUGUCAACACCCAUGUUCCCCUUCACCUCUUAAUUAUUACGGACUUGCAUCUCACUGAUGGGAACACAACAACACACAAAGAACACCUCUGCUGGUUAAAUUUAGCACAAACAAGCUUAUAACAAGAGCCUAACGGAUGAACAAACUGAGACUGCAGCUGUGGCUGAACAUUGGUGUUCACCUCUGGAUGUUGCUUGUAAUUGACUCAACUUGAUUGACAGAAUCAGGCAGUGCAGAGCAGAAAAUCUCAAUCAGACUCCUUCCAGCAUCAGUGUGAUACUGAAAUGUCCCUUAGUCGUACGAGAACCUCUGAUUGUGAACCAUCUAUGCAUGCAACUCUCUGAAGCAUGGCCUACAGCAUCAAUGUUAUAAUGCUGGCAACAGAAAAAAGACUAGAUAUCACAAAUAAAGGUCC